AAUUUUUAAAAAUUAAGAAGAAAAAACUUAAAGUAUUUGAAAAAGAGAAUCUGAGAGGAGCACGACGAGUCGACGACUAUUACUUCCUCUGAUCAGCCAUGUCCAGUGGCGAUUGCUUCCAUUGUCAUCAACCAGGCCACUGGGCCAAAAACUGUCCUCUCAAAACCACUACGAAACCCACCGCCGCCGCAGCCCCUUCUCCGCCGGACAUUCACUGUCCCUGCAACGCCGGACCUUGCAACACUGUGACUUCUAAAACUGAGAAAAACCCAAACAGGAGAUUCUACACAUGCCCAAGCUGUGGAUAUUUCAAGUGGUGUGAUCAAGUAAGUAUCAAAUCUGAGCCACUCUCUGUUCUUCCUACUUGUCCUUGUGGCGCAGGGCCUUGUAAAAGAGUAACAUUCAUUCAUGGACCAAACACUCAACGUUCUUACUUUGCUUGCUGCGUUAAGAAGGGUUUAGGAGAUUGUGGAUUCUUUAAAUGGGAGGAUGGUGAGAGUUUGCUACAUGAAACUGAGUUGGACUCUGAUGGUAAUGUGAAAAGGAACAGACUUGGAGUUGUGGUUGAAUUAGAAUUGAAUCCAGCUUCAUCUAGUGAGUCUAAUACUCUUGGAAACAGAAUUGUUGAUACUCUUCCAGUGAAUCCAGUCACUGUGGGAAAGGAAUCGAUUCCGGUUUUCGCAGGUUUCAACGAUCAAGGAUCGGUCUCCAACAGCAUUGUCCCUUCAUUUGAUUUGAUUACACUGUAUGACGAUGCGGUUCGCCUUGAGACGAAAGAGCCAGUACUCCCUUCAGUUGCCCCUAAACAUCUUGAUACUCAAGUGGAGACUUUGUGUGGUAAUGCAUUGGAGGCCGUAGAGAGUAGUUCUCAGAACACAAGCGAUCUAGUUUUGAAUGCUAACAACAAACCUGAGCAUAUACAUCAACGAGCUGCGACAUCUGGUGAAACCGAGGCCUCAUAUUCAGGUAGCUCCUCCAUGAUGGUACUUAUUGAGCAAUAUAAGUCAGAGAAGCUCUAUCUCGAGAGUAUAUCUAUGAAACAUGUUGAGGCGUUGACUGCCUAUACGGGUUCGUACAAGCAGUUAGAGUCGCUUCGUGAUAGAGCACAUAGUCUUAAGAAGCAGUUACUUGAGGUAGAGAAACAGGUGAAGCUUUGUGAGGCUGAGACCUCAGAGUUUGCAGCAAGUGUUCAAGAAGUUUCUGGUGAAAUGGCGAAAUCGCAGAAGAAAAUGGUGGAGAUAGCUGGGAAAGUAGCUAAGGAAGUGAGAGUUGACAAGCAAAGGGAUUAAGCAGCUCCGUAGAGAAGAAGAAGUAGAAGAAGAAGCAGAAGAAGAAGCUGAGAAUGGACUUAUCUUCCACAUGAAUGUUUCUAUAAUCUGUAUAUUGAAGAUGAUCGACGUUUUGUAAAACUUGUAUUAUUUAGGGCUAAGCAUUUUGUGAUAUUCCUAAAUAACAGCCACAAUAUUAUUUAGCUUGUAGUCUUUGUCCUUUCCUUGAAUCAGAUAAUGAAGUUAACUAUAGUCACC